AUGUCGACGGUUUCUCCGACUCGAGAGCAUACCUCGAACCCUCCCACAUCCUCUCAAUCUUCAAAAUCUCAGCGGGUGCUUGCAUGCGUCCUCUGCCAACAGCGCAAAGUCAAGUGUGACCGAAAGUUCCCUUGUGCUAAUUGUACCAAAUUUAAAACACAAUGUGUUCCGAUGACCUCCCCACGUCUGCGAAAACGCAGGUUUCCCGAACGAGAAUUGUUGGACCGGAUCCGCAAGUACGAGAAUCUAUUGCGCAAGAACAAUGUUCAGUUUGAGCCACUUCACAAGGACGAUGCGGUAAAAGAGUCCCCGAAGUUGGAAAAGGUCUGUGAUUUGGACAACCAACAACCCGAAUCUAGGGGGAUAUCAACACCUACAAGACAUGAAGAACUACAUGGGGCGAAUUUCUGGCAUGCCAUGAGACAACACGCUCUCCGAAAUUCUGAGAAUAGAAGCGAAUUCUCACAAGACGACAUGAGCGAGGCCGGAAUCCACAGGGCAUGGGAUCAGCUUUUUGCGGGUACUGGCAAUCUUCCUUUUAGUUCACGAAAGACGGCUCUCGAUCUCUCAGGAUUUCAUCCCGAACCAGUCCAAAUAUUUAGGCUGUGGCAGAUGUAUUUGAACAAUGUCGACCCAUUGCUCAAAGUUACACAUACUCCAAGCAUGCAAGGACGCAUUAUUGAAGCCGCUAGCAAUGUGGCAAACAUCAACCCCACUUUCGAGGCUCUCAUGUUCAGCAUAUACUCUAUAUCUAUUAUGAGUCUCACAACGGAUGAAUGCCGAGCCAUGUUCGGCUCGUUAAAGGAAAAUCUUUUGUCGAGAUAUCAGUUGGGCUGUCAGCAAGCCCUGUUGAACUGUGGUUACUUACGAACGUGUGAUCGUGAAUGCUUGACUGCCUUCUAUCUCUUUCUGGUUUCGAUCGGACCCAGCACAGAUCCACAGUCACUGUCCUCCAUGCUUGGUGUUGGUAUACGCAUUGCAAACCGCAUGGGUCUCGAUAACGAGUCAACCUAUGGCAAAUGCACCGCCUUUGAAGCCGAGAUGCGCCGAAGACUUUGGUGGUCCCUCGUCCUCUUCGACACCCGUAUCGGUGAGCUAGCUAAUUGGAAUCCCAUACUUGCUCCGACUUGGGACUGCAAGCUUCCUCUGAAUGUUAAUGAUUCCGCCCUCUGGCCGGAAAUGAAGGAGCCACCGGUGGUUCAGGGGAAAUCCUCCGAGGCCCUCUUUGCCAUAGUACGCAGCGAGCUGGCCGAGUUCACCCGCCAUGUCCCGUUGUAUAUUGGCGUCACUAAUCCGGCUUUUAAGCCUAUUGCUAAAGAUAGUCACCACUGUUCGUUUGCAGAAGGGCAUGAGCUGGCUACUUUGGAACAGAUGGUCGAGGACAACUAUCUCCAUUACUGUGACCCUGAGAACCCGCUCCACUUCAUGACCAUCUGGACAACGCGAGGGUAUCUCGCCAAAUGCCGACUUGUCGAAUACUAUUCGCAGCAUUCCCUAUCCUCCGAACAACAUACCGAAACACAGCGCAACACCGCUCUGUCCCGUGCGUUUAGCAUGCUGGACUGUGAUACUAAGGUUAUGACAUCCCCCCGAACCAAGGGUUACCGGUGGCUAGCUCAUGGAUACUUUCCACUUCCCGCAUAUAUUCACAUUGUCGAGGACCUCCAGAGGCGACCUGUCGGCGAGCACGCUGAACAGGCUUGGGAAUUCAUGAGUGCCAAUUUCGAAGCUCGUUUCUCACACCCAGCAACAAGCGAUAAUCCCCUCUUCAAGAUGUUUAGCCGCAUUAUUCUCCAGGCUUGGGACGCCCGCGAGACAGCGCUUGGGGGGUUAGGACAGCCACCGACACCACCAAGGAUUGUGUCACGCAUUCAACACAAAAUCGCGCAGACAGCGUCUCGCACACAUUCCGAUCACGAACAAGGCAACACAGCUACAGGAAUGGGUACAGGUGGUACAUCGGGGUCAAUGUCAAUGAGUCUUGGAAGCUAUAGUCUGUUAUACGGCUCUGAGGGACAAGACAGCUACACAGGAAUGGAGACGGGCAUGUUACCGAGAUUUUACCUGCCAGGGCAGUCUUCGUUGAAUCUUGACGUGGACCCACUGGACUGGGCUGCCAUGGAUUGGUCUUUUGGUUACCAGGGCUGGUGA